AUUUUUUGAGUUUAGAGAGAAUGUCAAUUGGUGAACGGUAAAGGACGUUGGAGAUAUAUAUGUUCAGUAUAUGUCAACAUCUUAAUUUAAGCCUCUGUUAAAAAAGUGAAUAAUUUUGUUAAGCCAACACCAGCAAAUUAAUUAAUUAAUAACAUGUGGUACGAAAUUCUCCCCACGAUGGCUAUUAUGACAGCUUGUUUGUCUAUCCCACCAGUGGCUGCACAUUUUGUCCAUAAAUUUUUUCAAAACGGGAAUCCUUGCCGUAGAGACCUGACAACCGAGAUAAAUAGAAGACAAUUUUUGAGAGACAACAGACUCACUGGCAACACCUAUGUACUUGCGGGAUUAGAAGCCAUACCAGAUGAAUAACUUCAGAGACUACCUAAUAACAUAAUGAUCCUGUUAGUAGUUUUGUAAAUACAAUUUGAUUUAAGUAAAAGUUGCUGUUAUUCCAUUUUGAGUUUGUGUGGUUCACCUGUACUAAAGUAAAGAAAAAGUAAGAUUA